AGCUGCCCGCGAGCUGGCCGCGGUCCCGGCGGGGGGAAUGUGCGGGGCGACGGCUGGGCCGGCGGGGCCUCGGAGCCGGACAGAGGCCGGCCGAAGACGCUCCACCCACCUGGGCCUCGACCCAGUCUCCAUGGGCUAAAAAUAUUGCCCCAGGCUCCUGAGUGCAAUCAGAUCGCGCUAAGUAGGGCACGACGCAGAGGUGACGGAGGGGCCCGCCGAGCUGACUCCCUGCCGAACGCCGCGACGCCCACGCCGGCUGGGCAGCUGGUGGCCUCCCUGUGCCCCGGCAGAUACCUGUGGGGGCCAUUAUGAAGCUGAAAAAGCAGGUGACAGUGUGUGGGGCUGUUACCUUCUGUGUAGCAGUCUUCUCACUCUACCUCAUGCUGGACCGGGUGCAGCGUGACCCCUCUAGACACCAGAAUGGUGGGAACUUUCCCAGGAGCCAAAUUUCUGUGCUGCAGAACCGCAUCGAACAGCUAGAGCAGCUGCUAGAGGAGAACCACGAGAUCAUCAGCCACAUCAAGGACUCGGUGCUGGAGCUGACAGCCAAUGCAGAGGGCCCGCCUGCCUUGCUGCCCUACCACACAGCCAAUGGCUCCUGGGCUGUGCUCCCAGAGCCCCGGCCAAGUUUCUUCUCCAUCUCCCCCCAGGACUGCCAGUUUGCUUUAGGGGGUCGGGGCCAGAAGCCAGAGCUGCAGAUGCUAACGGUGUCAGAAGAGUUGCCGUUUGACAAUGUGGAGGGAGGCGUGUGGAGGCAAGGUUUCGAUAUCUCCUAUAGCCCAAACGACUGGGAUACUGAAGACCUGCAGGUGUUUGUGGUGCCUCACUCUCACAAUGACCCAGGCUGGAUCAAGACCUUUGACAAGUACUAUACAGAGCAGACCCAGCACAUUCUCAAUAGCAUGGUGGCCAAGCUGCAGGAGAACCCCAAGCGGCGUUUCCUGUGGGCAGAAGUUUCCUUCUUUGCCAAGUGGUGGGACAACAUCAGCGCCCAAAAGAGAGAAGCAGUGCGAAGGCUGGUGGGAAAUGGGCAGUUGGAGAUUGCCACAGGAGGCUGGGUGAUGCCAGAUGAAGCCAACUCCCACUACUUUGCAUUGAUUGACCAGCUCAUAGAGGGACACCAGUGGCUGGAGAGAAACCUGGGUGCAACCCCUCGAUCUGCCUGGGCAGUAGACCCCUUCGGACACAGUUCUACCAUGCCUUAUCUGCUGCGCCGUGCCAACUUAACCAGCAUGCUGAUUCAGAGGGUGCAUUAUGCCAUCAAGAAGUACUUUGCUGCCACCCUCAGCCUGGAAUUCAUGUGGAGGCAGACAUGGGAUUCAGACUCCAGCACAGACAUCUUCUGCCACAUGAUGCCCUUCUACAGCUACGAUGUUCCGCACACCUGUGGCCCAGACCCCAAGAUUUGCUGCCAGUUUGAUUUCAAACGCCUGCCUGGUGGGCGCAUCAAUUGCCCUUGGAAGGUGCCACCGAAGCCCAUCACAGAAUUCAAUGUGGCAGACAGGGCAGCCCUGCUCUUGGACCAGUACCGGAAGAAAUCUCGACUGUUCCGAAGCAAUGUCCUACUGGUGCCACUGGGCGAUGACUUCCGAUAUGACAAGCCCCAAGAGUGGGACGCCCAGCUCUUCAACUACCAGCGGCUCUUUGAUUUCCUCAACAGCAAGCCAGAGCUCCAUGUGCAGGCCCGGUUUGGAACCCUCUCUGAGUAUUUUGACGCACUGUAUAAAAGGACAGGAGUGGAGCCAGGGGCUCGGCCCCCGGAAUUUCCUGUGCUCAGUGGGGAUUUCUUCUCCUAUGCCGACCGUGAGGACCAUUACUGGACAGGCUAUUACACUUCCCGUCCUUUCUACAAGAGCUUGGACCGAGUCUUAGAGGCCCACCUGCGUGGGGCAGAGAUCCUCUACAGCCUGGCCAUGGCUCAUGUGCGCCGCUCUGGACUGGCUGACAAAUACCCGCUGUCUGACUUCGCCUUUCUGACGAAAGCCCGGCAAACCCUGGGGCUCUUCCAGCACCAUGAUGCCAUCACUGGCACUGCCAAGGAGGCAGUGGUAAUAGACUAUGGGGUGAGGCUGCUACGCUCCCUGGUCAGUCUGAAGCAGGUCAUUAUCAAUGCUGCUCACUAUCUGGUGCUGGGAGACAAGGAGACCUACCACUUUGACCCCAUGGCACCCUUUCUUCAAAUGGAUGAGAAGCGCGUAAGUCACGAUGCCCUGCCAGAGCGCACAGUCAUCCAGCUGGAGUCCUCACCCAGGUUUGUAGUGCUCUUCAACCCUCUGGAACAAGAGCGGCUCAGUAUGGUGUCCCUGCUGGUCAAUUCUCCCCGGGUGCGCGUACUUUCAGAGGAGGGUCAGCCCCUGUCUGUGCAGAUCAGUGCACACUGGCGCUCCGCCACUGACGUGGUCCCCGACGUCUACCAGGUGUCUGUGCCCAUCCGCCUGCCAGCCCUGGGCUUGAGUGUGCUGCAGCUGCAGCCAAGCGCGGAUGGGCCUCACACACUACCCUCCUCUGUGCGCGUCUACCUGCAUGGCCUGAAGCUGUCUGUCAGCAGGCACGGAACAUUCCCUGUCCGGAUCAUCGACUCAAGCACCAGGGACUUCGCCAUCAGCAACCGCUACAUGCAGGUCUGGUUCUCCGGCCUUACUGGCCUCCUCAAGAGCAUCCGGAAGGUGGAUGAGGAGCAGGAACAGCAGGUGCAAAUGCAGUUCCUUGUCUACGGCACUCGUUCAUCCAAAGAUAAGAGCGGAGCCUACCUUUUCCUGCCCGAUGGCGAGGCCAAGCCCUAUGUCCCCAAGAAUCCCCCUGUGGUGCGUGUCACCGAAGGCCCUUUCUUCUCAGAGGUGGCUGCAUACUAUGAACACUUUCACCAGGUGAUCCGGCUUUAUAACCUACCAGGAGUAGAGGGGCUAUCUCUGGACGUGUCCUUCCUGGUGGACAUUCGGGACUAUGUGAACAAGGAGCUGGCUGUGCGCAUCCACACGGACAUCGACAGUCAGGGCACCUUCUUCACUGACCUCAAUGGCUUCCAGGUGCAGCUCCGGCGGUAUCUAAAGAAGCUGCCCCUGCAGGCCAACUUCUACCCUAUGCCAGUCAUGGCCUACAUUCAGGACACACAGAAGCGCUGCACACUGCACACUGCACAGGCACUAGGUGUCUCCAGCCUCAGUAAUGGCCAGCUGGAGGUGAUCUUGGACCGACGGCUAAUGCAGGAUGACAACCGGGGUCUAGGACAGGGGCUCAAGGACAACAAGAUCACCCGCAAUCACUUCCGUCUCCUGUUAGAACGGCGAACCGUGGGCAGCGAGGUUCAAGAUGACCAUUCUACCAGCUACCCAUCCCUCCUCAGCCACCUGACCUCUAUGUACCUCAACACGCCCCCACUUGUCCUGCCCGUGGCCAAGAGGCAGCUCCCAGGCCCUAGUCUGCGCUCGUUCCGCCCUUUGGCUUCUAUACUGCCUUGUGACUUCCACUUGCUUAACCUGCGCACACUCGCGGCUGAGGAGGAUACCUCGCCCUCAGCAGAUGCCGCCCUCAUCUUGCACCGCAAGGGUUUUGACUGUGGCCUUGAGGCCAAGAACUUAGGCUUCAACUGCUCCACAAGCCAAGGCAAGGUAGCCUUGGGGAGCCUCUUCCAUGGCCUGGAUGUGGAGUUCCUGCAGCCAACCUCCUUGACGUUGCUAUACCCUCUGGCCUCACCUUCCAACAGCACUGACAUCUCUGUGGAGCCCAUGGAGAUUGCCACCUUUCGCCUCCGCUUGGGUUAGGUGAGGGCUUCUGUGGCCUGAAGAGAAAGCUCAUCUACAGAGACUGCCUCUUGUUUGACACCAAGAUCACUGGGUAUCCCGUCCUGAUGUGCCCAUGAGAAUUGUGACAGACUGGGUUCUGCCCUCACUCGCUUUAUUGCUGCUGCUUCUGUGUUUGGGGCAACCCAUAGACCCAGUAGUGGGCAUGUGGGGCAGAUGCCAAUGAGACAAGGGAGAGGAGCCCCUUGGUCAGGGUGAGCCAUGCCAGACUUUCCUUUGGGUGGUGGGUGGUUGCCCAGCCGAGCACAGAUUCCAAAUCUAUCCUUUCCCCAAAAUGGGAAGUAGGAGUGGGGCAAACAGAAGAGGUCAGGGAGGCUGAGUGGUAAUGGCUCAGCGUCAGGUGACUGCACACUGGAGCCAGCUCUAAGGGAACCCUAUGAGGAUGCAGAGCCCAUGCAUCCUGGUGUGAGGAGCAGGAGCAGAGUGGUUCUGGGAGGAGGGAGAGGGAGGAAUCCGUUUCUCCUGAGAGCCUGAAAGCCUUGCUGCUUUCUGUAGCGGCUCUAUGCUAAGUGCUACCUGGCCAGCCUGCCCUGCCAAGGGGCUGCAGGGUGGCGGUAAAGAUUUGCUAGAGACUGUCAUGGCCAGAUGUUCUAGGACACUUCAGGUCCCCAAGCCCGUUCCAUAUUGGAUGCUUGGUGGUGUGUUCAUUUGUGGGGUGGUGGCAGUGGCACCCUACCUGCCUCCUCUGUUCCCUUCGUGUACUGUCCUCAUGAGCUCCUGUCAUGGGGUUUGGUUCUGGAAAAUAAGAAAGUGGAGCCUCUGAGACCCCCGUGCUUGGUCAGCUUGAGAAGGUGUUUGGCACCGGGUCUGCCUAUCGAGCUGGGAAGCUUCACACUUGGGUCUGUCUACAGACAUACUCCUUCUGGCAUGCAGGACGAGGAGGACGGAGACUAGAUCAGGAGACCAUAUGUUGCUCACAAGCCCUCAUUUCAACAUUGGUUAACAAACAGUUAUAACCAUUUCUACAGAUGCUGAAAAAAUUCUUGGCAAAAUUUAGACUCUAUCCCUUAUUAUUAAAACUCUCAGUCAGUGAAGACUAUCAAGAAACAUCCUCAUCUAGAUAAAGGCCUGUUGGAUCCUGAAAAUAGCAUCCUAAAGAAUCAAGUAGUGUUAAAAAAAAAAAGUGAAUCAAAUAGUGCAGGCAUUCCCACCAGAGUUCAGCUAGCUAGGGGCAUGCUGUCAUUUAGUAAUGUCCUGGUACCACAAAGCCCUAUUGAAGGAGAUUAUAAUUGCCACAGUUUUUAGACCGCACAGCUUCCUACCGGUGAGAGCUGAGUCGACUGAAGACCCGCUGGGCAUUCUGUGAGCUGCCCCAGUGCUGUACACGAUCCUGGAAAGGCUUUGGUUCUCCCUAAACCAGCCCAUAGAGUCAAUGUAAUUCCAGCAAGAUUGGGUCCUUUUUAAAAUUCAGCAGGUUCUGAAGUUCGUUUGGAAGAGUAUAGGUACAGGAAUAUCAGAAGGUUCUGAGUGGUGAUGGUGAUGUGCUGGCUGGUGGUGCCAAGGUAGGCAAAAGCUCUGUCCUACCACAAUUCCCAAAGGACUGGACCGGUCUCUCUCGGCCGCAGGAAUUCAGUGAGCUUGACACACUGGGCGAGACAAACCAACAGGGAACAUGGCAAGUUCAGAGCCAGACCCAGCUACUUGGAAACUUGAUAUAUGAUAAAAAAGGAAUAUUUGAAGUGGGGAAGAGAUGGAUUUUAUUUAAUAAAUAGUACUUUGAGACAACUAGCUAUUUGUUAGUUAGAUCUCUACCUCAGUUUCCACAAAAGCUAGAUCUUGAGGGAAAGAACAAAACUGCAAAAUUAUUCAAGAAAAUAUAUUUUUAUACCUCUGCUAUGGGAAGAUCUUUUCUAAACAUAGGAUGAAACAUAAAAAGACAUGCUAGGGGAAAAGAUAAACAGGUUUUGCCACAAAAAAAAAAAUAUUGAAAGUGUGCUAUGGGAAACAACAAGAUGAAAACACAAAUGUGAAAUAGAGAAAAAUAUUUGCAGCACCUGGAAAAAAAAAAAAAGCGAAUCUACUUAAGAGGAAACCUUGCUUUGGGGUUCUAAGAGGGCACCAUGAGGACCUGCUGAGCAGCCAUGUGAAGACGGGAAGUGACAGGGCUGAAUCCCAAUCCCAGCAGGUCCUCCAGCCUCUGCAGCCAGCGUCAGGCCACACAGUUGUGGACUCCUGCUCAUGCCAUGGUAGAAGAAAUAGGAUUCUCAACAUGAAGUGCUUAGUAUGGAACGUGGUAUGAGCUAUAACUCUUAGUAAAGGAUGCUAAGAAACUCUUACAGCAAGUGUUACUUGCUAGCAUAUGGUUUGUAAUCAGAUAAUAGGGGAGAAUCUGUGAACUCCUAAGAAAUUAGCAGAAUAAAGGCUAUUCUUUGGAGGUUUUA